UUGAAAAAUGAGGACCUGUGGAGGGCUGCCCUGAAAAAGAAAUGUAGGCAAUUUCUUAAGAACAGGAAUUCCUAGCGAAAAACUCCACAAGGUUGUUCCUAAGGUGUUAUUUGAUAACUUUUGAAAGUAUCUAUCGAAAUGGAUAAGUGUAAAGGGUAAACGAUCAUGGAGGAAGUACUAACCACUUUGUCCCGUGACGCCACGUCAGGCAAGCUGAAAUCCGUGCGCGAUGCAUGUAACGCAGCCACUGAUGGUUUACUGCUCAGUCGCACGGGUACAAGGACUCUAGAACCUUAUGAAUUGAGAGAACGAUGCUUACUACCUUUGAAAAUAGCAUUAGAAUCAAGAUCUUCCAAACUGGCAGCAAAUGCUAUAAGUGGACUUCAAAAACUGAUUUCGGAUGAGCGUUUCCGGUCUAAAGGCGAGGAGGAUGUAGAGAUGCAACUUCCGGUGCAGUUUAUCAAUGCAGUGGUGUCCACUCCUUCUCUGUCAGACGAAGUGCAGGUGGAGGUGAUGAAGAUGCUGCUCAUUAUCACUUGUUCUGCCUCGUGCGAAGUCCACGGUGAACAUCUUAUCAAGAUUGCUGAGAUUUGCAUUGAGACGUACAUACGUGCGCAUCAAAGUGCUACGAAAACAGCAUGUCGUGCAACUUUAACUCAAAUGCUGAGUUCAGUUUGUCACAGACUGCAAGAAUGUGUAAACAGGACAGCGGUCUCCAAAAACGGAAACGCUGAUAGCAAAAACGAUAAACCCACAAACAUCUUCGCCACUGACAGUAACAAGCUGCUGAGUCUAGAUGUCGUGUUGUUACUUAAACAUUUUUGUUAUCGUCUAACGGCGGGUCCAAGUUCCCCAGUACAACAAACCAACCAUGCAGUGCCACUUUACCUGGAAGCCAUCCUCGUCAUGCUUGGAAGUCUGUCCACGUCAUUACAGAACGACAAGGAAUUUAUUACUGUUAUUUGGCAACUUCUGUGCCCGGCUAUGAUCCAACUGUUAGGAAGUCCAAUGACCGACCUCAGCAGGAAGUCCAAACCUGGAACAGGAUCCACAGAGGACAUUAAUCGAGGGGGCCGAGGAAGCGGAGGGUUUCCAAAGGCCUCGCCCGCAGUGGGCCCUAUUCCUAGGACUAUAUAUAACAUUGCAAAUGAGCUCCUGCGUCUUAUAGGCCCUCUGGCAGCGAUGAGGCCUGUGUUGGAGUCUCUGUUCCAUCGUAUCAUUCUCUAUCCUCCUGCGCACCAGAGGACGGAGGCAUUAAAAGCUAUCAAGGAGAUUUUAGCAAGUCCUCAACGUCUUCUCGACGCUGCAGGCCCGACUGUUAUAGACAAGGACAAUCCACCCUCACCCGACUCCCCCACGGAACAAAAGAAGACCGACCUGGAUUUAUUAAGACUACUAAUGGAUGGUAUUGUUGAGUCUGCGCACUGCAAUGACAGUACAGUGGCAAGCUGUAGUGUAGCAUGCGUAGUAGCUCUCCUUGGCUCUCUGGAAGACCUUAGCCAAGGUCGCGGUUUGAGUGACGAACACAUCGAGUUUCUCAGUCAAAUCAAAGAAACAGAAAACUGGGAUGAGGAUUACAAAGCAAAGGAGAAAUACGACAAUGCUGCGUCUUCGAGACAAGUUCCUAAGUUUACAGUCGCGGACGAAACGUUUGAUGAACAACCUGGUUUUGAACAUGAUGUAAGGGGAAAAGGUAGACAGCUACKUUGGGAUGUAGAGAGUAGCGAACACAGACCGAGUCCUGAAGGAGAUAUUGGGACUGUGACGGAGAGGUUCUUAAAGGGUGGAAACGUGUGGGAGUCGUAUGGAAGCGAAGAAAGGAAAGAAAUGCAAGAUGAAGAAAACGACAACAGACCAUUACAGCCUUUGCAAACCAAACGUGUGUGCUUUGCACCAGAAGACGAGGUAGCCAUGUUCGAAGCAUACGAAAAACAAACGCGAUCCAACAACCAACGCACAGGAAUCCCUCGCCGUAGCAACCUACCACGUAAGGUAGGAUCCAGUCCUUCAGGGGGAACGCGGACCAGCGUCCGGCGAUCUGCGUCAUUUGAGAGCAACACUAGACCAAAGACUGAUCCUGUUCGUAGACGAGGUUCAGUUGGAAGCGAACCUGAAAACUAUGAGCCUGUGAUCAACAAUGGUCAGCAGGGUUUCAAUGAGAUGAGAUCUUUAACUGACUUGGAUCUGUCGCCGUACAAGUCUUCAAGGAAGGGACUGGGGCUACCUCUGAAACGAUCGAAUUCAUGGACCGCGCUGAGCUCUGAUAAUAAAAGCUGGAGUUUCGAGAAGGAACCCGACACCCGGGAUUUCAACAAGACAAUGAUACCAAGACUUAACGAUGUACGGUCUAGACCGAGUACCCGACCGGGGGAAGAUGCCCUGUGGUCGGAGAGUAGAACAAACGAAGGCCAAUUCAAAACGAAUGAGAUUCUGUCUGCCAGGAAAACGUAUGUGGAAUCAAAAGCAAAUAAACUGGAGGCGAAGGAAAGAGCUGAAAGAGCCAAUCGGGAACAAGAUAAGUCACCAGUUAAAGGACCACGCCCUAUAUUACGACGAACCAAGUCGGCGUCUGAUUUUGAUCGAAAGCAAGAAAUAAAAAAUGCUAAACCAAAGGGUAUUUUACUGAAGACAUUAUCCGAACCAGAAACAGAAGAUCCACCCAAACAAAUCAAGAAACACAGCGCUCCUCGCUCACAGGUCAAAAUCAAUGGGGUUUACGUAUCGAGGAGUAUGAACGUCAAGGCCCCUCAGACACAACAAACCAACCAGGGCCCUAACAGCUCACCUAAAAAUGCCCCUACUGGAGCCAAGAAAGCAAAUGAGGUGAAGAAGAGCGUUGAAGAGAACGAGAAAGAAGGCGCGCGGAAUUUCGCUCGUUGUCUUCUGGGUAUCCUUCCGUCUGUGUUGAGUCUUACUGACACGACUACAGUAGAUGAAUCUUUACAACAGUUCGCUUCUGAUGUUUGCGAGGCUGUAACUUGUAUGGCACUCAAGAGAAAAAACGUCCCAAACUUCGGAACUCUUCGGGGACGAUCGGAUUUAGUUGAUGAGAAGUCAGGUGAAGGAGCAACGUCGGAUCCGCAUUUCCCGAUCCUUAACGCGGAUGGAGUGUAUUUAACAGUCUACAAGACACUGGCGUUAGGAUUGAACUUACUGAAGAGCGGUCAUUAUCAGAAACGCAACGUGGAACCACCCUUGACACAGAAAGAGUUCGUAGAUAGUAUCCUGGACAGCGGGGUCAUGGUGGGCCUUUCUUCGGUAUGGCUCGGAGAGCUUUAUCGUUUAGUCACCACUUACAACAUACUCGGCAAGGCGGGUUACAAGCUCAAUGACCCGGGGACAAACCGAGCUCUUGUAAGUCUCCUGUCGGAGAGUAUCUUCAACGCGGAUAAAGAGACUGGUAACGAUAUGUUCUUACGUCAGCAAGAGUCAAGUCACAUGACUCCUGCUAAAAGAGAGGGCACGAAGUUUGGACGUCGAGUGUUACUGACCGCUUGGGACUCGGUACUAGAGGUCUUGUCGUUGCCCUUGGAAACCACUGCGUCAGCUAUGGGUAGUAGUAAUAGCAUCGCCGUGAUGUUGGGCGGAGAAUCUAAACAACGAGACCACAAUCGUGAACGAGACACAAUCUGUCUAAGUCUUGACGGUCUUCGACGAGCGGCUCGUCUGUCGUGCACUCUUGGAAUCCAGACACGCUGUGAACUGGUGCUGGCUCUCCUGGCAAAUGCCUCCUGUGGAGGGGAAGGGUCGGCAGCUAAACGCGCCAGACAACAUAUGGCUUCAGGCCCGGUAAAACUGCAUGCAGCUCAGGUGCUGAGUAUGGACGGGCUGCUGGCUGUUGGUGUGGAGUUGGGGAGUCACGCCCCUAAAUGCUGGAAACAUGUCUUCAGGUGCUGUUCGUACAUCACUGAACUAGAACGCCAACAGUCCAACAGUGGUACCCUCGAUCCUUCCCAUCAUUCAUCGCGCAACAACAGCGACCACAUUUCACCCCUCUCUGACUCCUCAUCAAGUCUAUCAGGGUACUUGAACGGUGAUGUUUCUCCAAAUGGUGACUCGUCUCGUAUUUCGGACCAGUCAAGUACUAAUGGUGGAAUACUGAGCUCUGGCGAUGUGUCGCGGGCUAUCUUCGCUCUAUCAGCAGCUGUUGAUCGACUCUUUGAGCAUGCUGCUAACACUCUUAACAUCGGUUCCUUACUCUCGUUUAUGCAGGCUCUUAUCCAAGCAUCCCAAAAGCAGUUGUUUGGCAGUUCUUUGGACGCUUCGUUGAUGCAAGCUCCAUCAAUACAGUCAGUCAAUACCAGUCAACUAUCAUCCAACUUCACACCGUUACAUCUAUAUAGGCUGGCUGAUGUCAUGUUGAGAAGCGCCCGCAAUCCUAACCGGCCGUUACUUCACCUCAUGCGCGCAUGGGCGCUGCUUUCGCCACAUUUUGUAGAGGCGGCAUGUCACAGAGAAAGACACAUAGCAAAGCUGUCAAUCACGUGCCUUCAUGACGUAUUGAGCGAGUUCUUGACCAAUCGUAACGAGCUGCCUCAUUUCUGGUUUCACGAAGCUCUUUUCAAACCAUUUGAGAGCAUGUUGACCUUGGAGCUGUGCGGGGAAGAAGAACAAGAGCAGGCUCUUCUUACCCUUGCUGAGCUCAUAGGACUCCACACGACCAGCAUCAAGUCAGGCUGGCGACCCGUCUUCAGAGCAAUACGCUCAGUCCGCUACUACAAUCGACAGGCGCUUGAAAACUACGAACUAGAACAACACCCUUCUCCUGUUUUUACCAUCAUUUCUGCUUUCCUUGGGAAUAAAAACCCUGCAGUUUUCGGAGCAGCGGCUGUUGAGUGCAUCCAGUCUCUUCUGAAGUUCGUACGAGGAUCGCCUUACGAAGAACCGACGGACGACAGCCGAAGUGAUAUCGAUAGUAUUAUGAGUAGCGAGAGCACGAAUUUUCUAAAUGAUAUGUGUCUUCCUGCUUUGGAGCACUUGUCCAAUAUGUCCAAAAAGUUGGCAUCUAUUCACAUCAUGCCAUCUAGUCUAGUGUUCCAUGGUGCGCAUUCAAUUACAUUAGUUCAUCUUCCUAGCGCGUACUCUACUACAUCUUCCAGUCCUGGAUCAAGUCCUGUCAAACAAGCACCUAAUACACCCAAGAAUAAGACCCCUAUUAGUCCCACUUCUGCUACAACAGCUGCUUCAAUAACUGCUAUUGAUGACACAGGGGUCCUACGUGUAUGGUACCUUCUUCUAGAGGGGCUUACAAGUGCAGCAGCAUAUUGUCCCAGGCGAUAUCAGCCCCAGACUUUAGAGGUCCUGUUUGAAAUCCUACGAUCCAUAACAUCUGUUCCUGGCCCUAAUUUUUCAAUUUAUACCAUAACCCACUUGCUGUUACCCAUGCUUCGAGAGUGGGUGUACCGCGGCGAGAGGAACAGACAUUACUGGGAGAGUACAGCGGGCAACUUCAAGCACGCAUGCGGACUAGCUACUGAGCUUAUUGUGGAGGAACUUGGACAAUUUCUCAGUGUACAAGGCGCAUCAGAGUGUGUACCAGGGAUGAUUAAACAAAACCUUGAUCUUCUGAUCGACUGUGUGUCUCAGCCUGUAGAGGGAAUCGCUAGACUUGGAUGUUCAUGCCUGAGGCAUCUGUUGUUAUCAGGAGGGCCAUUAUUUACUGAAGAUUUAUGGCAGAUUGUCUGUGAUGGACUACAAGAAGCCGUCCAAGCCACAUUGUUUAAUAUCAAGGACAUGGUCACGUGUUUUCAGCCUGGUUCGUUGAGUGUUAGUGGAGAUGAAGGCAUGACGGUCAAGGUAGUGGCACGGAGAGAAGCUGUUCAUGGAGACUCUUUUAGGCUGCAACAAGUUGCAGAACAGGUUUUCCUUCUUGAUAGUCAAGUUACUGGGCUCCCUGUGCGCAAAGAACCGACUCGAGAAGAAACAAGCGAAGAAGAUGAACAUCGUACUUACAUGUUUGUUCUAUCAACCAUCGAGAACAAAGAUAAACCAGAGAACGCGAACAGGGUACCAAUGAGAAGUCUACUCGUUGGUCUUCUCUCUCACCAGUUGUUACUACAAACUAUCAGCUCUGUGCUGCUGAGCGCGAACGACGACGCCAACACGACAAGCAUUAUCUUUACAAGCUUGAAAACCGAUGAAGAUGCCGCCUCUGGUGAUGGUACUGAGACUAUACUACCAGGGCUUUUGUCUUAUCUUUCUCCGGCUAACCUGUCUGUUUUGUUUGAUUGUUUAAUGGAGUCACAUACUGUAGCUUACGAGUUCAACGCUAGACCAGGGCUGAGGUCUUUGAUUCAAAAACUCGCCAAGCUCGAUCAUCCAGCGAAUCUUCUACGACAGUCGACAACGGCAUUCACUUGUUAUCUGCAUACUUUAUUUCAAAUAUGUAAACAUAGUGGAGAACACUUUUCCAGCUCGCACAUUAAGCGUAUCCUCACAGGGGACCGGGCUAAUGGUAACCAUAGUAACGGUAGCCAUGGACACGGCCAUGCGCAUGCGAAUUCGCACGCGCAUUCGCACGAAAAGGACGAUUUUGUGAAGGAGGAUGUUCUUGGAAGUCCAAACCGACACAAUGAUCUACUAAAGGGUAGCGGUAGCGUGGAGUGGAUUGUGAGGAGAUUACACGAGGCUUGCGAUCAACUGACAAGUGUUUAUAUUCGCUUAUACAAUCACUACACGAUUGAUAAUCAAUAUAAUUAUACGACAACCGAGUCUGACUUGGACAGGAGUCUUACUUGGACGCCCAUGUCAUCCCCUGCCCGUGAUCCUGAUGAAAGACCAAAUUCUCCUGGAAUGAACUCAUCGUGGAAGUAUGGCUCUCCCGAUCACAAGAAAGAGAAAACGAGUAGGGAGAAUCGCAAACACCAUAUCGAAGAAGAUCUUCGAAUGAUCGAACUUGAGAGACAAAUGUUGAAACGAAAAGAAGACGAACUACUGCAAUUAGGAAUUUGGACAAAUUUAGUGAUUCUCAUGUUAGAGUCUUUACUUGGUCUUCCGACGCUGCAGUUCAAGGCAGUAUUGCCAGCGGUAUUCCCUGCUGUGACAGGCCUGAUAACGACAGGUACUGACACCAAAGUGAGGCAGUUAGUGUGUGACGUAGUUCGUCGAGUGGGAACCAUAUAUGGCAUACUGUAGAUAAUAUAGAUUAGAUGUGAAGUCGCUAGGAAAAACACUUGUCAUAUUUCCUUUUAGGAAAAACUUAGUUAAAAAAUUCUGAGAAUGUGACGAGAAGAUUAAAGUAAAAUAGAUAUGUACAAGUACAAAUUAUUUUCAAAAAGGAUUGAAUAUUUUCAACCAUUUUCAUUUGAAAGUAAAGGUUCUAGGUCAUUUUUGCGAGAUAGUAUGUUUUGAUACUUGGAACAGAGUUUUGAGAUUUCACUGAAAAUGUUUAGAGAUGUUAAAUUAGGAAUAAAUGAUUAGAUAUUAUUAAUUGGUAUGGAUAAUUAUAUCUGAGAGUAACUCGGUCUAUGAUACUGAUAUGUAUAUAAGAAAAAAAUGGCGACCGCAUUACGACUUAUCUGAAGGGAGUAGAUAGACACGUGUGUUACAGGUGCGUGUCACGUGCACAACACGUGAUCAGUGAUUUCCCGUGUUAAGACCAUAAAAUCGAGGCAGUAAGAUAAAAAACUUUGCUCCAAAAUGGAGGAUUAUUUAUCAGCAGAGUUUGUGCUGACCCAAAGGAACACAGGCUCAGAAUUUACUAUGUAAGUCUUURCGCAUGCGUUUCGUAGUUAAUCUGUUUUAAUGUACAUGGAACAUAGACACGAAAGGAAAAUAUUAGAUAUAGUAUUUAUUUAGCUUAGCUUAUGGUAUAAAAAGACUAAUAAAAGAAUAAAGAAAAUCGCUACA